AUGAAGACCUGGUGCGAGCAACAAAUUCAGAGUGCAGGCGCUGAUCCGCGGUCGCGAUCGCGAUCACGAUCACCGCGCGGACCCAAGGGCACGGACAGUAGAGUUCAGUGCCGUGAGGAGGAGAUCCCGACCAAAGCCAGCAGCCGACAGUGCUGCGGCCAAGAGAACCCACCUGAACACAGCUUCUGUCCCAGAUGCGGCACGAAGUUUGGCAACUCUGACUUGGAGGUUGUUGGCUUUGUUCUCGAUGGUGGUGAAGAGGUCCUUUGUCAGGAAGAUGACUGGGAAAUGUUGCGGCAACUGGUCAGGGCGAGGACUCCCGUCAAAGAGGAAGACGGCUCUCAGGAGACUCUGGCACCACCAAUCUGGGGCCAAGUGGAAGAGGUUCCUAUACCACAGGUAUUGUGCCUGCAGAGCCGCAUCAGCGCGACGCUCCGAAACGGGAUGCGGUUGGAUGACUUGAUCCAGCGCCUGCAGCAAGGAGAAGUUCAUCCUAACAGGGAGCCGUGGCUUGUACUGAAGAUGUCCAAGGCGACUUGGCGUGAUAGGCAUGGAAGGCAGAUUACCCAGUACUACACGUUCGACCACCGACGCCUUUACUGCAUCUGGAAGGCAGGCUACAGAAGGGUCCGAGCUGAAAUCGUCUUGGCGGGUGCAGCGUUCAACGAGUUCGCGCGCAAGGCAGAUCGUUUGGGCACUGCACUCGAGUCGUUGCACACGGGCAGGCAGCUUGCCGCGGGCGGUUCCCUAUGCCCUCUCUUGCCCAUGCCGGCUUUGUUUCCUGCGGACCCUGUGCUCCCGCUACCACAUCCCGCGCUGAGCCUUCGCAUGGGGUGGAGGCUCAUCCACAGCUCCGGCGCCGUGCUGCGGGGCACGGUGCGCUCUGCCGGCCUCCAGGAUGGAGAGGCCAUCGGCGCCCUGGCUCGACCCCCCGAGCUCUUCUCCUCCUGCCGUGCCUUCGCUCUGCUGCAGGGGGAUGGCUCUGUGCUGACCUGGGGCUCUCCGGACUUCGGUGGAGACAGCCAGACAGUGCAGGCGCAGCUGCAGAUGGUGGACCACAUCGGCUCGUCCCUGGGCGCCUUCGCCGCCAUCUGCAGGGACGGCUCGGUAGUGACUUGGGGCCAUACUGCUUGUGGCGGUGACAGCAGCGCCGUCACAAAGUUGCUGCGAGACGUGCGCCAGGUGAAAGGCUCCUUGGGUGCCCUGGCCGCGCUGCGCGGCGAUGGCUCUGUGGUGUGCUGGGGGAACAAGGACUGUGGUGGCGACUCUUCCCCGGUACAGGAGCAGCUGAAGGCUGUGAAGGAGAUCGAAGCCUCUGGCGGUGCCUUCGCGGCCAUCCGUGCCGACCGCUCGGUGGUUACCUGGGGCAAGGCGGAGUCUGGCGGCGAUAGCAGCCACGUGCAAGAGCUGCUCCAGGAGGUGCAGCAGGUCCGCGGCUCUGCGGGCGCUUUUGCCGCUCUCCGUGGGGACGGCUCUGUGGUGACCUGGGGUGCUGCUUACUGCGGCGGAAACAGCCGCGAGGUCCAGGAGCAACUCCGGGCUGUCAAAAGCAUCUUCUCAUCCACCUACGCCUUUGCCGCCGUCUUGCAGGACGGCUCGGUGGUGACGUGGGGCGACCGCGACCGGGGAGCCGACUGCACCUCAGUGAAGCCUCGGCUUCGUGAUGUGCAGCUGGUCCGCGCGACGCUGGGAGCCUUUGCCGCGCUCCGCGCCGACGGGACCGUGGUGACCUGGGGCCGCAUGGAAAGCGGCGGCGACAGCAGCGCCGUGCAGGGCCAGCUGACCGAGGUCAUUCAGCUGAGGGGCUCCAGUGGGGCCUUCGCUGCUCUGCGAGCGGACGGCUCCGUGGUGACAUGGGGACUAGACUUCUUUGGGGGCGACAGCAGCGGCGUCCAGGGGCAGCUGAAGAACGUCCGACAGAUCCAGGCGUGCGACACGGCCUUUGCGGCAUUGCUGGCAAACGGCUCGCUGGUGACGUGGGGCAAUGCCGAGUGCGGGGGCGACAGCCGCUCCGUUCAGGAGCAUCUCCUCUGGCUGAAGCGGCGGAGGAUUGACGGCCCUGCCCGCCAGCACUGCGCCGAAGCGGCUGCGACUUGA